GAGUAGUACCAGUAAAACGAGGGCAGGUCACGUUGCAAUGGCCUCUAGUCAGGUUUAGCCUCUCCGAUAAGAUGUCCAAAUUCUGGGUGGUUAUGUUCAAUAUUAUAUUCGAUCCCGUCCGAAACCGGCCUCAGCUUAAACGUUUCAACGGAGACUACUAUGUGGAAAUGAAGGAUGAAGAACGUACACUAACUGCGUCGUCUCAUAGCACGUUGCGCAAGAUGAACAUUCGAGUCAAGGUGGACCAUCCUUUCAUACCGUGGGUAGUGAAGGUUCGGCGAAAGGAAGGCAUUCGGUGCAUUGAUGUAUUCGAGGCUGUUUAUAGCUGCUUCAAUACGACCUUGACGGCCGAUGAAGCACUCCGUUACCAACAUUACCUGAAGACAGAGUGGUGCGUUGCGGCCUUCAGAUUCCGCUGUGCGAAAAGUCCCGGAAUCACGUACGUCAAUGAGAAACAAGGCAGGCGGCGAGUUGACCUCUUAGGCGAGCGGACCUUUUUCGGCGGUUUAACGCAUGACGGCGACGACAAGUGGACCUUGGCGCUGGAAUCGCAUCGCCGGUUUGCACCCUGUUAUAUGUAAUAUGGUUAGCUUCUUGCAGUCUGACGUCGACAUGGACUGACGAAGUUUCAGCUUACCUCAGUUUAUAUAUUCAACCACGGUCAUUUCGCCGACUACAUCUUUACAAUACCUCACUCAGUAUCUACAUCAACCCACAGUCAUUUAGCUUAUCACUCACCCCUGCGUUGCUGUUCCGGGACCUGUAGCAUUACCUCUUCGCAUUACCUACCACACACUACACCCUUCCGAGUCAUACUUACACAAAUUUCAUACUUCAAUACCUCACUGUUAUGUUUUUUGAUCGAUCAGAGUGUGUG